GGACGUACUCUAAACCCACGUGGUUAAUCAAAACAUCAUGGCGGCCGGUUUCAAGACUGCUGAGCCUCUGGAGUACCACAGGAGCUUUCUGAAAGAAAACUGUCGACCUGAUGGACGGGAGCUGUCUGAAUUCAGAACUACAACACUCAACAUAGGGUCCAUAUCCACGGCAGAUGGCUCAGCCCUGGUGAAGAUGGGAAACACCACGAUCAUCUGUGGAAUCAAAGCGGAGCUGACGAACCCGACAGUGGAAGCACCUGGUAAAGGUUACAUCGUGCCCAACGUGGACCUGCCGCCUUUGUGUUCCUCUCGGUUCCGGCCAGGUCCACCAGGAGAACAGGCCCAGGCUGCCAGCCAGUUCAUCGCUGAUGUAAUUGAAAGCUCUGAAGUGAUUAAAACAGAGGACUUGUGCAUUGACAGAGGAAAGCUAUGCUGGGUUCUCUACUGUGACAUUAUGUGUCUCGAUUACGACGGGAACAUUCUGGAUGCCUGCAUCAUUGCCCUGCUGGCUGCCCUGAAGAACACACAACUCCCAGAAAUCACCAUCAACAAGGAGACGUGUACACCAGAGGUGAAUCCAGCAAAGAGAUGUGGGCUGCACAUUCACAAACAUCCAGUUGGGGCAUCUUUUUGCGUCUUUGAUGGCUCCAUACUGAUCGUCGACCCCACAGCUGAGGAAGAGAGUCUGUCGACCUCACAGCUCACCGUGGUGACGGAUGAGGCAGGUCGACUCUGCUCUUUACACAAACCAGGCGGGACGUCAUUGUCAGGAGAGAAACUGCAGGAGUGUAUCAGCCGAGCAACAGCACGACAGAGAGAGAUCCAGAAACUCAUUGACAAAGUUAUACAGAGUGUGAAGACGGCACAAUGAAGAGACCCAGACAAGGCCUUUUAUCUAAAAGCUGUAUUUUCCACUGUCAAUAUAUAUUCUUUUUUUAAUAACAAUAAAACUGCUGACAAAGA